GGGGCGGGCUUGUGGGGAAGCGAAACUGGGGGAGGAGGAGGCGGCUCUGGCAGCGGCAGGGCCAGGCCUGGUGGCGGCGGCAUCGGCGGCCUGAUCCCCCGCUCUCCGCUCCUUGGCAGCUCGCCCUCUUCCCUCAGCUAACAAUGAGGAGGAGAAAUGAUUCAGAAUGCACUGCCCCUCUCAAGAAACAGAAGAAAAGAGUUGCAGAGCUUGCCCUGAACCUCAGCUCUACAUCUGACGAUGAACCUCCCUCCUCUGUCAAUCAUGCAGCAAAAGCAUCUGCUACAAGCCUAAGUGGGUCUGACAGUGAGACUGAGGGGAAGCAACACAGCUCAGACUCUUUUGAUGAUGCAUUCAAAGCAGACUCUCUUGUGGAGGGAACUUCUUCUCGCUAUUCCAUGUAUAACAGUGUGUCCCAGAAGCUUAUGGCCAAGAUGGGCUUCAAGGAAGGUGAAGGAUUGGGUAAAUACAGCCAGGGUCGGAAAGACAUCGUUGAGGCCUCUAAUCAGAAAGGUCGACGAGGCUUGGGUCUGACGCUGCAAGGCUUUGACCAAGAGCUGAAUGUGGACUGGCGAGCUGAGCCAGAGCCCAGUGCCUGUGAGCAGGUGUCAUGGUUCCCAGAAUGUACCACUGAAAUUCCUGACACUCAGGAAAUGAGCGAUUGGAUGGUUGUGGGAAAGAGAAAGAUGAUUAUUGAAGAUGAAACAGAGUUUUGCGGGGAAGAGCUGCUUCACAGUGUGUUGCAAUGUAAGAAUGUGUUUGAUGUCCUGGAUGGGGAGGAGAUGCGGCGAGCUCGGACCCGGGCCAAUCCCUACGAGAUGAUCCGAGGAGUCUUUUUCCUAAACAGGGCGGCAAUGAAGAUGGCUAACAUGGAUUUUGUGUUCGAUCGCAUGUUUACAAAUCCGAGGGACUCUUAUGGGUCUUCCUUUGGGCCAUCUGCUCACCCAGAGAGGCUGGAGCCUGGGGCUAGGACAUGGCCAGUGAAACCACUGGUGAAGGACCGGGAAGCUGAGCUUCUAUACUUUGCUGACGUCUGUGCAGGCCCAGGUGGCUUCUCGGAGUAUGUGCUGUGGAGGAAGAAGUGGCACGCAAAGGGCUUUGGAAUGACUCUGAAGGGUCCUAACGAUUUUAAGCUGGAAGACUUCUACUCGGCCUCCAGUGAACUCUUCGAACCCUACUAUGGUGAGGGUGGGAUCGAUGGAGAUGGAGACAUCACCCGCCCGGAGAACAUCACUGCUUUUCGGAAUUUUGUCCUGGAUAACACAGAUCGCAAGGGUGUCCACUUUCUGAUGGCUGAUGGGGGUUUCUCAGUGGAGGGACAGGAGAACCUGCAGGAGAUCCUCAGCAAACAGCUGCUGCUCUGUCAGUUCCUCAUGGCGCUGUCCGUUGUCCGGACAGGAGGCCACUUCAUCUGUAAAACCUUUGACCUCUUCACACCUUUCAGUGUGGGGCUCAUCUACCUGCUGUACUGCUGCUUUGAACGAGUAUGUCUCUUUAAGCCGAUCACCAGCCGUCCUGCCAACUCAGAGAGGUAUGUGGUGUGCAAGGGCCUGAAGGUGGGCAUCGAUGAUGUGCGGGAUUACCUCUUCUCAGUCAAUAUUAAACUCAACCAGCUGCGGAACACCGAUUCCGACGUCAAUCUUGUGGUCCCCUUGGAGGUGAUCAAGGGAGACCAUGAAUUUACUGACUACGUGAUACGGUCCAAUGAAAGCCAUUGUAGUCUGCAGAUCAAAGCUCUGGCCAAAAUCCAUGCCUUUGUUCAAGACACGACACUGAGUGAGCCUCGGCAGGCAGAGAUCCGGAAAGAGUGCCUCCGGCUUUGGGGGAUCCCAGACCAGGCUAGAGUUGCUCCUUCUUCCACAGACCCCAAAUCUAAGUUCUUCGAGCUAAUCCAGGGCACUGAGAUCGACAUCUUCAGCUAUAAGCCCACGCUGCUUACUUCCAAAACCCUGGAGAAGAUCCGCCCAGUGCUCGACUACCGCUGCAUGGUGUCUGGCAGUGAGCAGAAGUUCCUCGUCGGCCUGGGGAAGUCUCAGAUCUACACAUGGGAUGGCCGCCAGUCAGACCGCUGGGUCAAGCUGGACCUGAAGACAGAGCUACCCCGGGACACUCUGCUCUCUGUGGAGAUUGUCCAUGAGCUGAAAGGGGAGGGGAAGGCCCAGCGGAAGAUUAGUGCCAUCCACAUCCUCGAUGUCCUUGUGCUGAAUGGCAGCGACGUGCGGGAGCAGCACUUUAACCAACGAAUUCAGCUUGCUGAGAAAUUUGUGAAAGCUGUUUCCAAGCCCAGUCGGCCUGACAUGAAUCCCAUCAGGGUGAAGGAGGUAUACAGGCUGGAGGAGAUGGAGAAGAUUUUUGUCAGGUUAGAAAUGAAGAUCAUCAAGGGCUCCAGUGGCACACCAAAGCUCAGCUAUACAGGGCGGGACGACCGGCACUUUGUGCCCACUGGCCUCUACAUCGUCAGGACAGUGAAUGAGCCAUGGACUAUGGGAUUCAGCAAAAGCUUCAAGAGGAAGUUCUUCUACAACAAGAAAACCAAGAACUCUACCUUUGACCUCCCUUCAGACGCCAUUGCUCCAUUUCACAUCUGCUACUACGGCCGGCUCUUCUGGGAGUGGGGGGAUGGCAUCCGUGUGCAUGACUCCCAGAAGCCCCAGGACCCAGACAAGCUGUCCAAGGAGGACGUCCUCUCCUUCAUCCAGACGCACAGUGCCUGAGGAUGCCCACCCCUGCCGAAUGCCCUGUCGUUCCCUGAGCCUGGCCGUGAGGUUGGUGGCCUCCUCAGAAGAGCUCAGUUGGGGCCUUCUGGGACCCUUUGGAAUUCCCUCCCCGGAGCCCUGCCUGGAAACUGUCUCCCCUGCCGGGACUCAGCCUGAAGGAUGCAGCUCCUACAGCACGUUUGAGGUCAGGGGCCAGGGCACAUGGAGCCAGUGGAGGAUGUGUCAGAGGGCAGCAGGGCUUCGGCUCUGCCAUUCCUUCCUGUAUCCUGUAGACUCACUUUUCUGAGUUCCACGCAGUGCCCUGAGGGCGGGCAUGCCCCUGCUUUGCCCAACUUUUUAUUGGGCCGACCCUGAGAGGCAGGAAGCCCACUGUUGUGAGCUGGCCAGGAGCAGCUGCUAUAUAAAUCAAGGUUUUGUUUCUUUGAA